GAGGAAGUGCUGCACUUGCGCCCUGCCUCCCUGUCCUUCACUCACCGCCCACCGGCCUGUUUCCUUAUCGUCAUCGCUGAUGUCUCCCUGCUGCUGUGUCACACUCGGUUAACAGCGACCGAACUUCUUCAACUGCCACUAAAACUACAGCAACAUGGUGUACUUCUAAGAGAACUCUCCCAUGUAAAAUAUGGAUUAAAGAGCGACGUAUAAAGCAGUGAAGCACCACCUGUGCCGGGGAGGAAAUGCAGGACGAAAGCGGCAAAGCAAGACUCGGGAGCCCCGCUGAAGCAAGUGCAACCACAGCGCAAGUAGGAGUGGAGAAUUCAGUAGACUUGAACGGGCAUACUGUCACUCAAAAUGGCCACAAUUCGACAGCUACGCCUGCACCACAGCCACAGUUUGACUCCCGAGCCCAGAGUCCUGCACCCACUCCAGCUCCAAUUAUCCCAAGGGAACAGUGGGGAGGGAAGUACGAGUUCCUGCUCUCUUGUAUUGGAUACUGCGUGGGACUGGGGAACGUGUGGCGGUUCCCGUACCUUUGUUAUCGCAAUGGAGGAGGUGUGUUUCUCAUCCCCUACUUCAUUAUGCUCUUUGUUACGGGUGUUCCAUUGUUCCUCAUGGAGCUAAGUUUAGGCCAGUACGGAGCAGCUGGCCCCAUCACAGUGUGGAAAUGCUGCCCUCUGCUCAAAGGUAUUGGCAUUGGGAUGUUGUGUGUGUCCAUUCUGGUGUGUCUCUACUAUAACGUCAUUAUAGCAUGGACGUUUUACUACCUGGGAAGCUCGUUACAGAGCCCUCUGCCCUGGUCCUGUGACGCUGUAGCCAAUGUAGGUCUCUGUGGAAACGGCACCACUGGCAAUAGCUCCACUGGUAAAGGCCUCAGCCCCACAGAAAAAUUCUGGAAUGAGCGUGUGCUGGGUGUAGUCCUCAGUGAGGGCCUUAACGACCCGGGCCCUGUCCGGUGGCCCCUGGCCCUGUGCCUCCUGGCUGCCUGGAUCAUCAUCUUCCUGUGUAUGCUCAAGGGCAUCCGCAGCUCUGGCAAGGUGGUGUAUGUAACAGCUACCUUCCCAUACUUUGUGCUCAUUGUUUUGAUCAUCAGAGGUGCUACACUGGAGGGCUCUCUUCAGGGCAUUGCUUUCUACCUCACACCAGACUGGAGCCGAUUAGCUAAUGCACAGGUGUGGAACGAUGCAGCUUCACAGGUCUUCUACUCCUUAGGUAUUGGAGUUGGAGGGCUGCUUUCUAUGGCCUCUUACAAUAAGUUUGACAACAAUGUCAUCAGGGACACUUUGAUUAUCACCACAGGAAACUGCAGCACCAGCUUCUUUGCGGGAUUUGCUAUAUUCUCAAUCCUUGGUCACAUGGCAUGGAAGAAGGGAGUGCCUGUGGGAGAGGUGGCAGAUACAGGUCCUGGGUUGGCCUUCGUUGCUUACCCAGAGGCCCUUGCUCUGCUGCCAGGCUCGGUGUUCUGGUCCAUUUUGUUCUUCCUCAUGCUCUUUAUGCUGGGGAUCGAUACGCUGUUUGGCAACAUGGAAGGCAUCACUACAGCUGUGCUGGAUGAGUUUCCACACCUCAGAGCAAACACGCUGCACAAGUCCUUGUUCUUGGGCGCUCUGUGUUUUUGCUUCUACCUGAUGGGUCUCCUGUUAGUGACUAAUGGAGGGAUUUACUGGUUCACUCUCAUUGACUCCUUCAGCACUAGCUUCGGCCUCAUCAUCAUCACCCUCUUCAUGUGCAUUGGCAUCUCCUUCUUCUACGGAGUCAACCAGUUUUGUCAGGACAUUAUUGAUAUGAUCCGCCACUGUCCCCCCUGGUGUACCAAAGUGCUGCUUUACUUCAAAGCUUGCUGGGUUUUCUGCACUCCGUUUCUUCUGCUGUUCAUCCUGACUUACAUCUUCAUUGAGAUGUACAGAACACCACUCAAAUACGGGUCUUAUGUGUAUCCACUGUGGGGUAAAGCGCUGGGAGUGUGCAUGGGCGCUACCUGCUGUCUACAGAUCCCCAUCUGGGCCAUUGUAGCCAUCAGCAAGGAAACUGGAACACUGAAAGAACGUUUUCAGAAAUCAAUUCGACCUCUGAAUUCCUGGAGGGUGAACAACUUGGACAGCACCCCGAGAGUUGAGGAGCACACGGAGGCCGAGAGGGUUGAGGCUCCGUUCACCGUCACACUCACAGACAUGGACUUUACUGCGAUGACCUGGGAGGAGGGAAGCCAGGCAUGACAGCACGGAGAGCAGUGAUGAAAGCACAGUGAUGAGCAAACUACGUUGUCAAGAGAAAGAGAAAUGUAUUAUUUUCUGUUAAUGUGUGUUAUCCGCCCCAGCUAGGCUCUGGUGGUCCUGCAGAGCAGUGUGGAUUAUUGCUUUAUUUAUAUUUUUUAUGUAUAUUUCAAUUGUAUUUUUAACUUCUUUUUUUACAUUGUGUAGAGUGUACAAUUGCAGCUGUAAAAUAGAAGAGCUGAAAUAGACUUACAACUUGACAUUUGGAUGAUGAUCUAGCAGGGUGAUCUUAUUUAUUAUCAUAGUAGGGUAGUGUAAUGUAAUUAAUUUCCACCGACAGCAGUCAACAGCAGCUGAGAGACCAGAUUUUUUAUCUUUCUACCUCCUUUUAGGAGGAGGGACAAAAAGUGCAGUGACUUUUGACUGUUACCUUCAAGAACCGCUGAUGGACCUGGAGAGGUGACCACAAAUCCUCAGCCUGCCAGAAUGAAUGCUGCAUGGAAUCAGAAAUACUUUUAAUCCAAUUUACUUUUUAAAAGAAUAAUUGCUAGAAUUACUGCUAGAAUAAAUAAAUACAUUUAAAAGAAGAACUUGCCAAAUUAACUAUUAAGUACUGUACAUGUAUCCAUAUGCCUUGUCUAAUCAUCUGCAUUUCAAAUUGCCAGUUCCUGCAGAAAAUGUAGCAAUCAGUUCACGUUGCUCAGAGUACAUUGAUAUUAUCACAAUUACAACUACAUUCUGUACUAGCAUUGUAGAAUUUUUUUUUUUAAGUGGGACUAACUAUCAUUUUUUUAUCUUUAGUCAGUAGGCAUCUGUCUGCACACAUAGGUUUUUAGUUUUUUAUGCUUACUGGAACUUGGCUUUGACAGUUCUCCUAGUCGAUUUCCCCUCUGCUAUUUAUUAGCAGAAAGCCCUCCUGGUAAUUGUAUCAUCAGUUUAAUGUAAUAUCUGGAGAGGCACUCAUAGGCUAAAUGUAUUAUCCCCUUGAGGACAUGAAUAUUGUCAUUGUAUCAAUCUUGCUUACAUUUCUCUGAUUUGAGGGCUUGCUUAGAGAAGACAUCAAAAUCAAUUGUUUGAAAGUUAUUUAUUGGAAAAUUGGCUAUUCUGCUAAAUUUAAAAUUUAGGUUAGACUUAUUUUACAAGUAUUUUUUACUAGACCAUUUGCUAGGUAAGCCCAAUGACAAAACUAAUGGACAUAAAGGAAAUAAUAAUAUGAUGAAUUACAAAAAGAUCUGACCCAGAUGAGACAGCUCACUUGGACACAUCAGUUGUGUGUUUAUCUUUUGAAGUGGCUGACUGAAAUACACUUUCCCAGAUAAAUAACAUUUGUUAACCAUUCUACUGGCACUUAUCUCCCAGAUGACUGGCGUUUUAUAUUUUCAUGAAUGUCCAAAGAUUUAAUUCCCCAUCGGUUUCCAGGCUGUUUAAUCUUAAACUGUUUUUAAGGGUAUGUGCUCUCUAUUGUGUCCUGUUGCACAUAAGCAGAUGAUGACAGAUACAAGAAAUCUGUCAGAUCUGCAAUGUCUGCAUUCUUAAAACCCUUUCAGUCACAUAAAACUUUUAGUGCAUUAGAAUAACGGUAAUUGUUUUCUCUCAGCAUCUUUCAAGCAGGAUCUCUACUUUUAAAUAUUUGAUUAAGAACGUUUGAUUUUUUUUUUGUUAAAGGAUUGUACAUAUGCCAUGCCAUUAAAACUAAUUUUAACACAUCUU